UGCCGAGCACCCAGCGACUCCCGCCAUGGCGCAGCGGCGCGCGGGGGUCGUGCGCGUGCUGGUGGACAUGGACGGCGUGCUGGCCGACUUCGAGGCCGGCUUGCUGCGGGGCUUCCGCAGCCGCUUCCCCGGGGAUCCGCACGUGCCACUGGAGCAGCGCCGCGGCUUCCUCGCCCGCGACCAGUACCGAGCCCUGCGGCCCGACCUGGCGGAUAAAGUGGCCAGUGUGUACGAGUCUCCAGGCUUUUUCCUGGACUUGGAGCCCAUCCCUGGAGCCUUGGAAGCUUUACAGGAGAUGUACAACAUGCCGGACACCGAGGUCUUCAUCUGCACCAGCCCCCUGCUGAAUUACGACCACUGUGUGGGCGAGAAGUACUGCUGGGUCCAGCGCUAUCUGGGGCCCCAGUUUGUGGAACGAAUUAUCCUGACAAGGGACAAGACGUUGGUCUUGGGGGACCUGCUCAUUGAUGACAAGGUCAACAUUCAAGGUUUAGAGGCGACCCCAAGCUGGGAGCACAUCUUGUUCACCUGCUGCCACAAUCAGCACCAGGCCCUGCCCCCGACCAGGAGACGGCUACUCUCCUGGAGUGACAACUGGAGGGAGAUCAUCGACAGCAAGCGAGCACAGCAGGAAUGAGCUGAAGCUGUGGCUAAGGGGCGGAAAAGUGGGCCCUCAAGGAAGCUGCAGGGACAGAGGUCUCCCUGUCAUGGGAGUCACUGUUACCUCUUCGUGUACCUGCACAGCCACCCCAAGCCAAGAUGGCUGCUUUGAGAGGGGAAAUCAGUCUAAGGCUUUAAUAAAAACCAAAACCAGA